AUAGCAAAAUUAGAAAGAGAAAGAGGAAGAGAAAGAGAGCGUGUGGAAGAAGACAAUGAGCGAUUGUAAACGCUGUGUACCGUUAGCUUCUGCCAUGGAAGCUUCUUCUUCCAGCGAAGAUAAUGUUUCUAACAAAAGGAAGACCACCACUUCGUAUGAGUUUUUGUUAACCUCUACUUCGGAUGCGCCGCACCGCCAGCGUCUUCCUAGCUUCGGUUAUUCUCUAGCCGCGGCUAGGUUCAACGACGUCACCGUGUCGCCGGAAGGUUCGCUCAAUUCCUCCGGCACGGUUGUUUCCUUCGAAUUCUGCUCAGAUCGCUCUCCGCGCUCUUUCUGUAGCUCCGCCUUUGAAGUCGCGAUGGAGCUCGACACGACGCCGUUAGAUCUGGAGGUUCAGACCAAGGGUUUCGUAACUGUUGACUCAACGUUCCACAAUUUCAAAUCCAGCAGUUUGUUGAGUGAGCAGUGUGGAGACUCGGAAGAAUCGGCGGCUGUGGUGAGGCAGCAUGAGCAAAAAUCUACGGCAGCGAAGAAGGAGAAGGUGCCAGAGGUGGAGAUUGAAGAGUUCUUCGCAAUGGCUGAGAAGUACGAACAAAAACGGUUCGCUGAGAAGUACAACUUUGAUAUUGUUGCAGAUAUGCCGUUGGAGGGUCGGUACCAGUGGGUUCGUUUACAGUGAAUCCCUUGAGAGAGAGAGAGAGAGAGAGAGAGAGAGAGAGAGAGAGAGAGAGAGAGAGAGAGAGAGAGAGAGAGAGAGAGAGAGAGAGUGACUGAUUCUGUGUUUAUUUGUAGAGUGUAGUGGAAGAAAGAAGCUAAUUAACCUGACAGGAGGUAACACGAAAUUGAGGUUGCAAAUUCUGGUUGCUCCGGGUAGACGGUGAUGGCUGGUGUUGGCGGCGCGUGGUGCGUUUGGUUGAUUUUUUAAUUUUACUUUUUGUGUACAGAUAACUGUUUAGUACAACUAGCUGGCUACUUUUAUUCCUUAAUUAUUCCCUUUCUGCAAUAACGCAACCUUCGCGAUCAUAGAUAGAACUUGUAGGGAGAAAAAGAGAGAGAAAGAGAGAAAGGAACUGGGUUAAGUGGGAAAACAAAAAAAAUAUACAAAGAGCACAGAAAUUCCCAUAGUGAAUUAGUGGCUUAAUGUUUUAGAAUUUGUAGUUUGAGACCGUCUCUUUCAGUGUUUCCAGAAGAACAAAGGGGUUCAGCUAAUUCUUAGGGCUGUUUUAUUACUCAUUAUUGGAAGAAUUCAUGGAUAGA